AUGGAGGGCGCGGACGGCCGCGAUGAUCUGCUAGAAUGGGAGGCCCUGUACUUGCGCCUGCCGCUGCAGAACUCGACGUGGAACGCCACGGGAUGGGACUCGGGCACGUGGAACGUGACGGGGGUGCCCAACGCCACGUGGUGGGAGGCUGCCGCGCCCUUCGACUCGCCGGCCGCGCUGGUCCGCGCCGCCGCCAAGGCCGUCGUACUCGGACUACUGAUUCUCGCCACUGUAGUCGGAAAUGUAUUCGUGAUAGCAGCAAUAUUGUUAGAGAGGCACCUGCGCAGUGCUGCCAACCAGCUGAUCCUGUCACUGGCGGUGGCAGACCUGCUGGUGGCAUGCCUGGUGAUGCCGCUGGGCGCCGUGUACGAGGUGGCGCAGCGCUGGACGCUGGGCCCCGAGCUCUGCGACAUGUGGACCUCCGGAGAUGUGCUCUGCUGCACCGCCUCCAUUCUACAUCUCGUUGCCAUUGCACUUGAUAGGUAUUGGGCUGUGACAAACAUCGAUUAUAUCCACGCAAGAACCGCACGUCGAGUAGGACUCAUGAUAGCGUGCGUGUGGGUAGUAAGCUUCCUGGUGUGUAUCGCACCGCUCCUGGGAUGGAAAGAUCCCGACUGGGACCGAAGAGUCUCUGAAGACCUACGUUGUGUCGUCAGUCAAGACGUGGGUUACCAAAUUUUUGCGACAGCAUCGUCGUUCUACGUGCCAGUUCUCGUAAUUUUAAUAUUAUACUGGCGAAUAUACCAAACUGCCAGAAAAAGAAUACGUCGGCGGAGAGGGGCUACCGCGCGUGGUGGAGUGGGCCCUCCCCCCGUGCCUGCUGGCGGAGCGCUGGUCGCAGCCGGCGGCAGUGGUGGGAUCGCAGCCGCCGUGGUAGCAGUCAUAGGACGACCUCUACCGACUAUAUCCGAAACGACUACAACGGGAUUCACAAACGUAUCUUCGAAUAAUACAAGCCCCGAGAAACAGUCGUGCGCUAACGGCCUGGAGACAGACCCGCCGACGACGGGUUACGGGGCCGUAGCUGCCGCCUACUAUCCCACGCUAGUGCGGCGUAAACCUAAAGAAGCUGCUGACUCCAAACGUGAGAGGAAGGCGGCGAAAACAUUGGCAAUAAUAACCGGCGCGUUCGUAGCGUGUUGGCUUCCCUUCUUCGUAUUGGCCAUUUUAGUGCCGACGUGUGACUGCGAAGUAAGUCCUGUGCUGACAUCAUUUUCACUGUGGCUGGGCUACUUCAACUCCACCCUGAACCCGAUUAUCUACACGGUGUUCAGCCCGGAGUUCCGGCACGCGUUCCAGCGGUUACUAUGUGGGCGGCGCGCGCGCCGUCGCCGCGCCCCGCCGUAG